CGCUUCCCUCCCUCUCCAAAGGAGCAGAGCUGGAUCUGACAGCCGGAAAGCACCGUGUAGACGCGUUAGAGGAACUCUGUGCAGUAUAACUUCAAGAGCUGAGGAUGGGAACUGAGAAUCCUUGCAGUCUUUGUACAGUGUAGGACCGGGAGAAGGGGCAAAGGGGAAAGGAAACUAUCAGAUAACUGGGGGUGGAAAUGCAUUGGAAAGAUAGUUCAAAAGAAUAUUUCUUGCAAAGGUUGCAGUGUAGAAGGAUCACAGUGAAUCAUUCUCCUAAGCAAGAACUGUAGAUUCCUCUUGAGGCACCCCACCAGCGAAUUCCUCAUGACGGCUCCACCCUGCAUAUUUGGGACUAGCUGAUGAAGAUGGAGGUUCUGCGCCGCUCUUCUGUCUUUGCUGCAGAAGUGAUGGAAGUGUUUGAUCGGUCUCCCAACGACAAGGAACUUGUAUCUCAAGCCAAGGUGCUUUGCAGAGACUACAUUCACUCCAGGCUGAUUCGGGCUGGAAUUGGCUGGAACAAGCCUGAAUACAGCGCACCUGCUCCUGGUGGCAAGUUAGCAGAGGUGUCAAACAUACUCCUGAGAUUAGGUGAUGAGCUGGAGUACAUUAGGCCCAACCUUUAUCGGAACGUUGCACGACAGCUAAACAUCUCCUUGCACUCAGAAACUGUGGUGACGGAUGCCUUCCUGGCAGUGGCGACUGAGAUCUUUUCUUCAGGCAUCACGUGGGGUAAGGUGGUCUCGCUGUAUGCCGUGGCAGCUGGGCUGGCUGUGGACUGUGUUAGACAUGCCCAGCCAGCCAUGGUCCACACCAUUGUAGACUGCUUGGGGGAGUUUGUACGCAAGACCUUGGUGACAUGGCUUAAGAGGAGAGGAGGCUGGACUGACAUAACAAAGUGUGUGGUGAAUACUGAUCCUAACCUUCGCACCCAUUGGCUUGUGGCUGCCCUCUGUAGCUUUGGUCACUUCCUGAAGGCCAUCUUCUUUGUGCUCUUGCCAGAAAGAUGACAUCCAAAUGAAGACCAUCUCCUUCUUGGGGACUCAGACAGCAUAGAGAAGGGGAAGGAAUGAGAUGGAGAGGGAGCGGGGUGUUGGCCAAAUGUACAUUCCUUUCCCAGCUGCCUACAUGCAAAGACUUUCUUCAGCAAUGGGAAACAUUUCUAUGAGUCAUUUCUUGCAAUGUCCAUUGCAGUUUGACUGGCUACAAUCUUGUUCACAAGGGCAGGAGACCAGUGUGUGCUUGUGGCUCGGCUAUUUCCCUCCCCAUCCAAACCACGCCACAUUUACAUGUAAGAAAGUAAAGAAUCCUAUCCAAAGCCGCCAACAAGACGACGACUGUGCCCUUUUAACUAUAAAAUGGCACCUGCUUAGCAAUUUCUUUUCUUUCUGGUGGCUUGUAGAUCCUUUAGCCUUCUCUAAACCACUGCAUACUUGAAGCUAUGAGGGCUUCUGAAGUUAGAGUCCUCACAGCUAUGCGGCUCUCAUCGGUGAAUCACACAGGGCCUUUGUAACAUGAAUAGCAAACUGUCCACUAUAUCCUUACAUAAGGGCCUUGGACAGAGGUGAUAAGACAAGUAACCAAUUAAAAUGCUAGGUUUUAUCUAAUGGAAUAACAGAACCCUAAGUUGUUAGCCUAGAACUGUGGAAACUCUCAGAGAAGUACUCCCCCCCACCCCCAGCUUUACUCCUUAUGAGCUGUCCUUUGAGGGGGGAAAAGUGGCAAAACUCCCUUGUACCCACUGCCAUAUAUUUAUAAUGUACAACGUGCAACUGUUUGCUUUGUGGUAAACAAUAAAUGCUAACUGAGCA